CGGGCCGGGGCGGGGCGAGGCGAGGCCGGACCGGCGGCGGCAGCUGGAGCAGGUGCAGGCCCGCGUGGCCCGGUAGGGAUGAGCCAUGGCUUCGGUGAAGGUGGCCGUGCGAGUGCGGCCCAUGAACCGCAGGGAGAAAGACCUUAAUGCAAAGUUUAUUAUUUCAAUGGAAAAAAACAAAACGACAAUCACUAACUUAAAGGUGCCAGAGGGUGGUACUGGAGAUACAGGACGAGAAAGAACUAAGACAUUUACCUAUGAUUUUUCCUAUUUCUCAGCAGACAGUAAAAGUCCCAGCUUUGUUUGUCAAGAAAUGGUUUUCAAAAAUCUGGGUACAGAUGUGCUUAAAUCUGCUUUUGAAGGUUAUAAUGCUUGUGUUUUUGCAUAUGGCCAGACUGGAUCUGGGAAGUCCUACACCAUGAUGGGAAAUGCGGGUGAUGCUGGUUUAAUACCUCGAAUCUGUGAAGGAUUAUUCAGCAAAAUAAGUGAGAAAACAAAGCGGAAUGAGGCAUCCUUUCGAACAGAAGUCAGUUAUCUGGAAAUUUAUAAUGAACGUGUGAGAGAUCUUCUGAGACGGAAGUCAUCAAAAACUAAUAAUCUACGAAUACGAGAACAUCCAAAAGAAGGGCCCUAUGUUGAGGAUUUGUCUAAACAUUUAGUGCAAAACUAUGGUGAUGUAGAGGAACUUAUGGACGCAGGAAAUAUAAAUAGAACGACGGCUGCAACUGGAAUGAACGAUGUCAGUAGCAGGUCACAUGCCAUUUUCACAAUCAACUUCACUCAGGCUAAAUUUGAUUCUGAAAUGCCUUGUGAAACUGUUAGCAAGAUUCAUUUGGUAGAUCUUGCUGGAAGCGAGAGAGCAGAUGCCACUGGUGCCACAGGGGUUAGAUUAAAGGAAGGAGGGAAUAUUAACAAAUCCCUAGUUACUCUGGGAAAUGUAAUUUCUGCCUUAGCUGAUUUAUCUCAGGAUGCAACAAAUCCUCUUUCAAAGAAGAAACAAGUAUUUGUGCCUUACAGGGACUCUGUGUUGACUUGGUUGUUAAAGGAUAGCCUAGGAGGAAACUCUAAAACGAUAAUGAUUGCCACUAUUUCACCUGCUGAUGUCAAUUAUGGAGAAACUUUAAGUACACUUCGCUAUGCAAAUAGAGCCAAAAACAUCAUCAACAAGCCUACUAUUAAUGAGGAUCCUAACGUCAAACUGAUCCGUGAGCUGAGAGCUGAAAUAGCCCGAUUAAAAGCCCUGCUUGCUCAAGGGAAUCAGAUUGCACUGUUGGAUUCUCCAACAGCUUUAAGUAUGGAAGAAAAACUUCAGCAGAAUGAAGCAAGGGUACAAGAACUGACCAAAGAGUGGACAAACAAGUGGAAUGAAACUCAGGAUAUUCUGAAAGAACAAACGUUGGCUCUGAGGAAAGAAGGGAUAGGUGUUGUGUUAGAUUCUGAACUGCCUCAUCUAAUUGGCAUUGAUGAUGAUCUUCUCAGUACUGGUAUCAUAUUGUACCACUUGAAGGAGGGCCAAACACAUGUUGGCAGAGAAGAUGCUAUGACUGAACAGGAUAUUGUUCUUCAUGGCCUUGAUUUGGAAAGUGAGCAUUGCAUCUUUGAAAAUCUUGAUGGUACUGUGAAUCUAAUACCGCUGAAUGGAGCGCAGUGUUCUGUGAAUGGUAUUCAGAUUACAGAGGCCACACACCUAAACCAAGGUGCUGUUAUAUUACUUGGAAGAACCAAUAUGUUUCGCUUUAACCACCCCAAAGAAGCUGCUAAACUAAGGGAGAAAAGAAAGAGUGGACUGCUGUCUUCCUUCAGCUUGUCUAUGACAGAUCUUUCAAAAUCCUGUGAGAACCUGUCAGCAGUUAUGCUUUAUAAUCCAGGUCUUUUCCCUGUAAAAGGACCGAUCUGUCUAAGGCUGGAAUUUGAGAGACAGCAACGGGAGGAGCUUGAAAAAUUAGAAAGUAAAAGGAAGCAAAUAGAAGAGAUGGAAGAAAAACAAAGAUCUGACAAAGCAGAACUCGUAAGAAUGCAGCAAGAAGUAGAAUCACAACGCAAAGAGACAGAAAUAGUACAGCUGCAAAUUCGAAAACAGGAAGAGAGUCUGAAACGAAGAAGUGUUCACAUAGAGAGCAGGUUAAAGGAUUUGUUGGCUGAAAAGGAAAAAUUUGAAGAAGAAAGAUUACGGGAACAACAGGAGAUAGAGCUUCAAAAGAAAAAGCAGCAGGAAGAAAUUUUUGCUCGGGUCAAGGAGGAAUUGCAGCGACUACAAGAGCUUAAUCAUAAUGAAAAGGAAGAGAAAAUGCAGAUUUUCCGUGAACUAGAAAGACUUAAAAAGGAAAAAGAUGAACAGUAUAUUAAGCUGGAAUCAGAAAAAAAGAGACUUGAAGAACAAGAAAGGGAGCAGGUGAUGCUGGUGGCUCAUCUAGAAGAACAGCUUCGAGAGAAGCAGGUCAUGAUAGAGCUCUUGAAAAGAGGGGAUGUACAAAGAAUUGAAGAAGAGAAAAGAGAUCUUGAAGAUAUUAGAGAAUCUCUUUUGAAAGUCAAGGAGGCCCGAUCUGAAGGUGAUGAAAAAUGUGAAGAGUUAGAAAAAGCCCAGCAUGAUUUUGUAGAGUUUAAAAGGAAACAACUGGAGCAGUUGACUAUUUUGGUGAAAGACUUAGUUCAACAAAUGGAUCACCUAGAAAAGGAAAUAGCAGAUGAAAGAAGAGCUCUGGAACACUUAAAAUUUGCACAGGAAGACCAUUUAAAUCUCAUGAGAGAUGAUGAAAAUUUUGUGGAUGCUGUACUCAAGGCUGAAAAAGUUGAAAAGAUAAAGACAGCAGAACACAGGCUCCAAUCCAAAGUGCGCCAGCUUGGGUACCUGAAGAGUAGUCAUUUGCCAGCUCUGCUGGAAGAAAAACAAAGAGCUUCUGAAGUCCUUGAUAGAGGCUUGUUAGGGUUAGAUAAUACUCUCUAUCAAAUAGAGAAAGAAAUAGAAGAAAAAGAAGAGCGGCUUGCCCAGUAUAGAGCUAGCACAAAUCAACUGCAGCAGCUUCAAGAAACCUUUGAAUUUACAGCCAACAUAGCUCGUCAGGAAGAAAAGGUACGGAAAAAGGAAAAAGAAAUCCUUGAAUCAAGGGAAAAGCAGCAGAGAGAGGCACUGGAGCAAGCUGUUGCCAAGUUAGAAAGGAGGCACUCUGCUUUGCAACGUCGUUCGACGAUAGACUUCGAAAUCGAAGAGCAGAAACAGAAGCUUGCCACCUUGAACAAUAGCUGCAGUGAACAGGCAGGUCUGCAGGCUAGUCUAGAAGCUGAGCAGAAAGCCCUCGAACAAGACCGGGAACGAUCUCUUUAUAGCCUGGACCAGGAAAUCCAGCAGCUGAAGCAAAAAAUAUAUGAGGGUGAUGGUGGUCAGAAAGGAAAUCAUGGCACAUUAGAAGAGAGACUCUCCCAUACAACCUCCCCUACCACUCCAACAAGGACACAGCCACCUGCUGCACCGCUAGUUGAUGAUAGGAUAAAUGCCUUUAUUGAACAAGAAGUGCAGAGAAGGCUCCGGAAUAUUCAUCAUAAAGCUGAGGAUAAUGAUGUUAGCCUAUCCUGGUCUACAGAAAGUUUAAAGGAUAAUGAGAGGCUUAAUAAUGGCACUCUUCAACGCAAGCUGAAGUAUGAGAAAAAUCAACAGUGGCAGCCACAUUAUGGCUUUCCAUUUCUUUCUAAAGAUGCUAUUUGUGCUUACAACUUGUUUGGAGAAAACGAAGGAGUAAGAGACCAUAAAAGACAGAAGGCAUAUACAGAGAUGUGGGAUUUAUUUUCCAGUUCUGGAAGAAUCUCCUCCCCUUUUACAUCAGAGAAGGCAUUUGAGAAUGAAAGGAGUAAUUCAGAGAGCUUUGCUUGUCAUCGUGACACUGAAAGUAGUUUAAUUCACUCUAAAAAUAUUAAUACUUUAAAGAGUAAAAAUGUUCCUUAUCAGAAUGUUUUAUCUACUUCUUUACAAAGUCAUGACUUAAAUAAUGUGGCUUAUUCACGCUGCAAGGUUGAAAAUUUCCAUCAUUUUGAUGAUAAAAUAAUUACUUCUCCGGAUUGUGACAGCUCAAGAACUGAAUCUGAGUGUUCCCACUUGAAACAGCUGUCUCCUGUAGGAUCCUUAAUGGGUGCUAAUGAGCACGCUGGCUUUAACAGCACAUCAUGCUUUCUCUUUUCGCAGUCUAAUGUGCAUUCAGAAAUAAUAACUUGUAAAGAAAACAGUCCAUUUAAGACAGUGCACCCAACAAUUGAAGACCAGUCUAGUAAUUCUCAGCGUGCAACACAAGAAGCCUCUGAUUUGAUGUCUUUUAAGUCAACAGCUUCUUGUUUUGAUGUGAGACCAGAGCACACUUACAGUUUAGGAUAUCUUUUCAGCAAGCUUUCCUGCCUUUACAAAGAUACCAGUAGUCAGCUGCUCAACACUACAGUGGUUUCUAAACCAAUUAAGGAGUUGGGAAGUUUGUGUGACAGAAGUGAGAGAUGUGCACAAGCAGUAUCAUUAAUAAAAAAUCUGUCAUUUAUAAGAAACUUGCAAGUAAAUGUAUUCUUCAAGUCAGAUGUGAAUCGAGAUGUGUCCGCCUCUACUUAUGACGCCAAAUCUCAUACUGAAAAUGUUGCUCAGCCUGAAUCCGCUGUACGAGAGGCUAUCACAGUGUGUGCAAGAACGGAAAUCUCUGAUGCCUGUGCAAGAAAGCCCUCUGAAGGACUUGUAGGCUGUUGUGAAAAGGAAGAGCUGGAAAACAGUCUUGUGUUAAGGCAGAAAUUUGUGCAAUUUCCUGAUGUCUUUUUGAAGCUUCAGGUCUGUUCCCUGGAAAAAGUAAUGGAAUUUUUGACCUGUGCCUUACCUCAAAUUUGUACUAGAAUGGAGGAGUUGAAAGGUAUAUAUUGGCUUGCUGUUGGCAGUUGUAAAAAACCUGAACCAGAACCUGCUUGCUUGCUUUUGUUCAGCUCUGUUCUGUAUGUUGUUGUUUUAUCAGUUGAACAAGACGUCUGCCACAGUUCUUUGGCAAUGUUCCUUGAGGUUCCCAUCAUCACUGUAAAGGAGAUUCAAGUUGGCUUUGCUGGACAGAAUAUUAAUCUUCUGUGCUCUGCUGAAGAUGAUUUACUCACGAUAUUUACCUUUAACAAACACUUCACUCAAAGAAUUUGCCAUGACAUAAUGAGCGUUUUGAUUUCUGCAGUGGAUGAUGUUGUUUAUUUAAAUCACCAGCUCCUGAAAGAUGAUUUGAUGCAGAUUUCGCUUGACUGGACAUCGGAUGUAAAUGACCUAGUUUUUCCAAAUGGAGUACGAUUGUCCUGUAAAUUUAGAACUGAAUUAGUCGAUCUGGUUUACUUACUCCAUGAAAAUAUGGGAAAUAAUAAACCUGCAUUAGGUGAUGUUCAUGUACUGCUGUAUACCUCAGUGAAAGUAGACUGUGAUAAGCAGACUGUGUAUAGAGCUCUCGUUCUUACAACUACUCAUAUAGGUCUCUUAAGGGAAAGUGAUGUCUUUUAUCCUGCACCUAACAUUUUGGAUGCUUCAAGCCAGGAAUCACAAUUUGACAGGCUUCAGCUGUGCAGUUUGAAUGAUAUCCGUUGUGUAGUUUUGCCAGACAAAGAGAACUUCACACAACUUGAACUUGUGUUUUCUAGAAAGAGCAAGGUUGGAUCUGAUUCAGGAAUCGAUUUUUCUAAAUACUGUGAAAAAGAAGUAAAUACUCAACUGACAGUCAUCCCAUCAAUUCGUCAAAGCAGUUUGCAUAUCCCUUCGGAAGUCUGGAAAUUAACAUUCAGUUCAAGUGAAGAAGCCAUUUGGCUAAUUAUGCAUCUGACUAGGUGUUGAAAUCCAAAUACGUUUAGAUACAUUCAGAAUAAGAGGCUAAUGAAUAUUGAUAAUUUUUCUUUUUUAAUCAAUAGGCAAAAGAGUCCUUUGGGCUGGGAAGGGAGUACCGUAGGGUGGAUACACACAUCUUAGCAAAAAUAAUUAUUACUUGACUGCUUGCUUUUUGUGGGUCUGUGAUGCACUGUACAUAAGUUUCCUUGGGAAAGUGAGGAAACUAAAUAUUUCCAUCAUACGUGGUAGGUUGAUCAAAAUUAUAAUUACAGUGGUGCCCUAAUUUCCAUUUUGGCUCUGUUUUCUGGCUCCCUCCAUGUACUAUCUGUCUUCAUUAAUGUGUUCCGUGUUCCUCCUUAGUGACCUUUUCCUUAAUCUUUCUGAGUGUCUUUGUUUUUCGUGCUUCUCACUUAUUUCACGCCCUUGAUUUCAGUAUUUCAAAACAUUCAAAAUACUAUUUUUAUCUUACAUUCAUUGUAUGCUAUUAAUACUGAGGAUGUUUGUAGCUUUUAGACUUACAGUUUUGUAAGAAUAGCAUUGGCAAUUCUUUUCUGUUUCAGAGCUUUGCAUUUAAGGAUUAAUUCACUCUUGCAUUAAAAUUUCUCACAAGUGCAAAAGGCUUGUUGGCUGAGUUACCAGGAAUUGAUGGAUUUGCCAUAUCUCUUUUCUCCUGGGUUUGCCCUUUUUGCCCAGGGCUAAAAGAGCACAGGCUGUGUGGAAUCAGUGAAAUAGAACAAAAAAAAUAUAUGCAGAGAAUGUCCAAGAACAUCCAGUACUCCUUUUAGAUUUCCCCCUUACCUCCUUUUCUUGAAGGGAGUAAUACAUGGCUUUAAGUAACUCCUGUUUAUUUUGUCCAAAUAUUUAAGUUGUACUCAUCCACAACAGAGUAAGUCUUUAUAUUCCCUUGAUGCUGAGAAAAUGUGAUGCGAAAAAUAAACUUUUUAAAGGGUGUAAACAGACAUUACUUGUGCUUUAAAUAGCAUUUUAGCUUUUGGUCAUGUCACUAUACUUGUAGUAAGACAAAUGCUUUGGAGUUUGUCACACGCGUGCGUGUUUCUCAUGCGGUUAAAUGGAUAGUUAGCAACUGGGGAUACCACCUGAGUAACUCUAGAGUUCUCUUUGUACAAUGGGUUUGGCAUGAGUUUCCUCUAUUUUUGCUUGCUUACUAAUGGGGUUGUUGAUGCCACGAGAUUGCAUCUUAUGGUUUCUUUAAUAUUACAUUCCAAGAAAUAAUGAAACAAUCGAUCAUUAGUAAAAUAUUUCCAUUAGUCGAGGCAUGCCUUUAGGUACAAGGUUAUUCUUUACCAGUCAUCAGUGUCAUGUGUUCAAAUAAUAAAUAAGCUGUGGUAGCCCAUCUUUUUCUUCUUCCCUUGUAAAGGGAGCUGAAUACCUUUUAAAUCCUGUUGCUUCAAUGUGCCAUCUGCCUUAUUUGAGGAAGAUGGUCCUUGGCAGAAAAAACAGUGGUAUCUAAUCUGAAAUUCUAAAUUGUGUAAGCAUAUUGCCAGUAGAGGUGAAAUCUUCUACUAGACAGAGUUAGACUCCAGUCUCUCUACUAGUAUAAGAACAUUUCCCAUUUGUUCUUACCAUAUGUUAAGACAUGAUAAUGUAACUCACGUGGGAUUUAAAAAGAAAUAACUUGCAUUAGAUGAGGAAGUUAUGUCUGAAAGGAUGAAUGUUGGUUUGGGUAGAGAAUUAUAAGGGAUUUUUGAUCAUAACAAAAUUUUCUAUUACCUUAAGGGAGUCCAAAGAUGAGCAAAAUGUGUCACAUUAUUUUGAAGUAUGGAUUUAGUUUUUAACAAAAGAAGUAUACACAAAUACCUCUCAGAACAUGGAGUAGCCAGACUAGUUAUGAGUUCAAGUGCAAUAUCGUGUCAGUCCAGUUCAGGAGUGGCUCUUUCAUUGAAAUCACAAAGGCAAUUCCUCUGAGCCUUGCUGAAAGUUAACAUUGAGUGGUGCUAUUUGGGAAGACUGUCUUAAUCAAGACUAUUAAAGGAAGGCAAUUACUGCAACUUACUCCUUUUCAGAUUAUACUCCAAAGUUAAAUGUUGUGUUUCUGAUAACAUGGUUUUCCUCUUUCGUGUUUGCUUUCAAAUCUAGAUCCAUGAAUAUUCUGCACUUUUAUAGGGAAAAAAAAAAACAACCAAACCCAAACUUCACAGCAAUGGCUUUUAUUCUACUGUAAAUUAAGUAUAAUGUAAUAAUCAAUGUUUAUGAAGAUCAAACCAUUAUUUAAUGUAUUAGGGCAUGUUUUUCACAACACUUGAGUUUAUUUUCCUCUCUAUUAGGUGUUUGUAAGAGUUCUCUGAAAAUGACUGCCAAUAAAUUACUUGUUGACAGA